CUUGGAUGAAAUUACACCGACUCUUCCGGCUUUAAUGCUUCGCCCUCUUUCCUAUGCCUUCUUGCCCAAGGACCUCAACUAUAAAUGCAGUGCACAUCAAGGACAACCACAUCCUCUAUUUCUUUCAUAUUACAGUCUAGAGGCCAGCCACUUCUAACCUCAUCUCUUUUAUUUUUUCCUCCAAUUCACAAUUUUUAUCCCAUGGCUAAGGAUGAUGUGAAAUUGAUUGGUGCAUGGCCUAGCCCCUUUGUGAAUAGGGCUCAAAUUGCACUAAACAUUAAGUCCGUUAAAUACGAAUUUCUUGAGGAAAAAUUUGGUUCCAAGAGUGAGCUCUUGCUCAAAUCAAAUCCUGUUUACAAAAAAAUUCCUGUUCUGAUUCAUAAUGACCACCCCAUCUGUGAAUCUUUGGUCAUUGUCCAAUAUAUUGAUGAGGUCUGGAGCUCAGGCCCUUCAAUCCUUCCCUCAGAUCCUUAUGAUCGUGCCACUGGUCGCUUCUGGGCUGCUUACAUCGAUGAAAAGUUGUUUCCGGCUAUCAGAGGCAUAGGAACUGCUGAGGGGGAGGAAGCCAAAAAAGCUGCGAUAGAGCCAGUGAUCGAAGGGUUGGCGUACUUGGAAGAGGAAUUUAUUAAGAGCAGCAAAGGCAAGAAUUUCUUUGGUGGAGAUAAAAUUGGAUAUCUGGACAUCGCGUUCGGCAGUUUCUUGGGGUGGGUAAGGGUGACGGAGAAGAUGAAUAGUGUGAAGUUAAUUGAUGAAAGCAAGACACCAAAUUUGUUCAAAUGGGCCGAGAAAUUCUGUGCUGAUAAUUCUGUCAAGGAUGUUAUUCCAGACACUGAUAAGCUCUUGGAGUUUGCUAAGGUUCUGAUGGCCAAACUCAGAAAUCCUCAGAACUGAAAGUAGCAACUGCAUCUGCAUCUGCAUGUGGUUGAGAAUUGAGAUGUGUCUGGAUUUUAUGUUAUGUUUUCUUGUCGCGAGUCCAAUCGAUCAAUAAGAAAGUGAUGUAAUAGUUAAUUCCUCUUAAAACUUCAAGUGAAUUUCAUUUUCAACCAAACAAACAAUCUAUAUCUAUAGAGAACAGGUUUCUGAGGAGGAGCUUCCACGAGC